GUGAUUGUUUCACAACUGAUGUUUGAGUGAAUUCAUGAACACUUCACACAAGCAUUGAUUGACUCGACUCUCACUCACUGUCAUCGGUCUCAUUGGUCUCAUCGGUGAUCAUCACUUGAAUCGCUUCCAACACUCCACUCAUCCAUCGAUUGCGACAAAGCGCUGAAUACUGUUCGGGAAACGAUCGCCACAUCAGUGCCACCUUGGACACCUGAGACACGUGUGAAGCUCACUGACGAUUUGGUGGUAAAACGUGGUCUCCAUUGGACUCAUUGGACUCAUUGGGUGACACAUCGUCGGCAAUGCCGGUGCGGUCUUCGGCGGAAUCGCAAUGCUCUCAGACGCAGGACAUGGAGGCGGACGCCUGCAACUGCUCUGAUGGCAGAUGUCAUGAAUCCGAUAAACUCUUCAAAGAUUCUCAACAAAACUCUUCGAAACAACAACUCAUUCAAAGCAAACACACGUUAAGAGGGGUUCCGCUAAUGGCUUCGCACCGACAGCUGGGAGUCACUCAAUCUCUUCUGUACAACGGAUCCAAAUUCGGUGGACACCAGAAGUCCAAAGGGAACUGUUAUGACGUCGAAGUCGUCCUUCAAAAUGUGGAUGAAAUCAACUCAUAUCUGUGCGGUUACUUAAAAAUCAAAGGACUCACUGAAGAGUAUCCAACUCUGACCACAUUCUUCGACGGAGAGAUUAUAUCCGGAAAAUACCCGUUUCUCACCCGAAAGUGGGACGCCGAUGAAGAGGUGGACCGCAAGCAUUGGUCCAAGUUUUUGCAGUUUUAUCAGUUAUCAAAACAGUUUAAUUGUGAUAAUUUUGAUUACAAUCAACUCAUUGGCACUGACUUUGUAUUCAUGCGAUGGAAGGAACACUUCUUGGUUCCCGAUCACACCAUCAAAGACAUAAACGGCGCAAGUUUUGCCGGUUUUUACUACAUAUGUUUCACCAAAUCUAACGCCACUAUUGAGGGCUAUUACUAUCACAGGCAGUCCGAGUGGUAUCAGUCGUUGACUUUAGUUCACAUACCGGAGCACUCGAUACAGAUCUAUGAGUUCCGCUAAAUAACAACAAAAAACUUUGAAUUGCUUAAAAAAGAUUGUGUAAUUUUAAAGCAGUUUUUGUUUACUCCAAAUGCAAAGCCAAACAUAACAACAAACUGUUUGACAGAAAAACGAAGCAAUUUAUGCCGACUUU